AUGGCUGAAUCCACCUCCCGCCAACGGCCCUCGCUAGGCCAAAUGCGCAGCUCAUCCUUCAUCCAAGACCACCAACAAUACAAGCCCCCACCCUCAAUCAGCCAGAACAUCGGUGAAGUGCUAGGCUCCUCACUAGAGGAACACCUCACAAUCGCCAACCCAAUCAACCCCGACCCAGAACGCGUCCACGACAGCGGCGUCAUUCACAGCAUCUUCAACCACCAAACUAACCAACUCGAGACCGGCACCCCGCGCAUCGUCGCAACAAUCUUCUACAAAUCCUCUAACCCCGUCCACCCACACUUCCACCCAGAUGCAACCACCGCACCAGGCGAUAAGCUGCCCUCACCCAGGGUUCCAGAGGGCUCCGCCCCAACGGCUGAUAUGGAGAAAAUCCCUCGUGAACCUCCAGUCCCAGAACCAGAGCCGCUGGAUCACAUCUACGGACCGUAUGUGUCGCAGCUCUGCCUGACCAAUUUCCUGCAGACCCUCGAGUCCCUGCCUACACCUUAUCAGCGCAUGAAUACCUCUCACCGCUGUCUGGAUCGAGACGCCCAGCCUCACGUUGUGGAGGUAACAUUCUCUCCCCCGCCAGACCCAGAGUAUCUCUCCUUUGAAGACCUGCGGAAGCACGAGAGUAUCUGGCGCUUCGAGCGCGAGUGGAACGUCGAGGUUGUGUUGCAGCGGGAAAGUGUCUUCCGCAAACAUAAGCGUCUCGUAGUGUUUGAUAUGGACAGCACACUGAUUGAGAACGAGACAAUCGAUGAGAUUGCCAAGUUCAUUGGUGUUGAGAAACAGGUUUCCGAAAUCACCGAACGCGCAAUGAACGGCGAGCUAGACUUCUCAGCAUCCCUAAAAGAGCGUGUCAGCCUCCUAAAGGGAGUCCCCGCCGACGUCCUCAAAAAGCUCGAACACAUCCUGAAAAUCGCACCCGGUGCGCGCGAGCUCUGCGCCUCCCUAAAAGCACUAGGCUACAAGAUGGCCGUAGUGAGCGGUGGAUUCCAGCCUCUAGCCGAUUGGCUAGCAGGUCAACUAGGACUGGACUACGCAGUCGCAAACCACCUUGAAAUUGACACCGCGACAAAUACCCUAACCGGUAGACUGGUCGAGUCGAAACCUAUCAUCGACGCUGCGCAGAAGCGUUCCCUUCUCAAGUCUAUCGCUGCCGAGAACAACAUCCCUAUUGCCCAGACACUGGCUGUUGGAGAUGGGGCUAACGACCUUUUGAUGCUCCACGAGGCCGGUCUUGGUGUUGCUUGGCGCGCUAAGCCUAAGGUGCAGCUUGAGGCGCCUACUCGUGUUAACGGAGAGAGUCUUGUUGAUAUUCUUCACUUGAUCGGAUUGGAGAAGGAGGAUAUUGCCGAGCUUAACAAGAUAUAG